AUGGCUCCACUGGUCAAGGUUGCUGUGAUACAAUUGUAUCCAAAGCCGAUGCAGCCCGAGCACAACUUCAACAAGGCCGCAACAUAUAUUCGAAGUGCGGCUGCGCAAGGUGCAGAAUUGGUUGUAUUACCUGAAUACCACCUCACGAACUGGCUGCCCAAGGAUCCAGCAUUCGUCGGCUUAUGCGACCAAUGGGAAACGUACUUGAACAAGUACAAGGAUUUGGCCAAAGAAUGUAGAAUAUGUAUUCAGCCUGGCACGAUUGUGGAGUCCCAUCCCCAGGAGGAAGCGGAUGAGAACAAGCUGCUCAAUGUAGCUUACUUUAUUGAUCAUGAGGGUAAUGUCGCUGGUAAAUACGUUAAAAAGAACUUGUGGCACCCCGAACGCGAGCAUCUAACAGGCAGCGGGCGAGACGUCCAUGAGGUCUUUGACACGCCCAUCGGCAAGGUGGGCAUGCUAAUUUGCUGGGACUUGGCCUUCCCCGAAGCAUUUCGCGAGCUCAUUGCCAAUGGUGCGGACAUUAUCAUCACACCUACUUUCUGGACGCUGAACGACUGCAAUGCUGCGGGGUUGGCGCUGAAUCCGAGCUCGGAGGCGCUGUUUUUGGAUAGUAUGUUAACGAGUAGGGCCUUUGAGAAUACGUGCGCCAUCGUCUUCGCCAACGCGGGAGGCCCGCCCGGUCACGGCUACGCCGGCCUUUCGCAAGUCGUAGUACCGUUCAUAGGACCCCUGGUGCGCAUGGGCAGCUGUGCGGAGGGAAUGAGCGUUGUGGAUAUUGACAUGCAAGUGUUGAAGGACGCUGAAGAGAACUAUCAAGUCAGGGCGGAUUUGGCGAGGGACGAUUGGCAUUAUGACUACAGGCAUUCGAAUUCGAACACGAAGGACAGCGAGGAUGGGAAGGCCAGAGAGAGGUUGUAG